AUGCUGGAAGUGAAAAUCAAACCUAAAAUAAAUGGAAUUAUGGAAGAAGUAGGUAACCAUGGAAAUGUGACCACUGCCACGGUUCAGUGGACUCUAGAUAUGAAGCCAGAGGAACUUAGUGAAGGCGGAUUUAUUGAUGUAUUGUCAGUAUGUGUGUUAACAACAAUCCUUGGUUGUAUAUUUGGGUUGAAACCAAGCUGUGCCAAAGAAGUUAAAAGUUGCAAAGGUCGCUGUUUUGAGAGAACAUUUGGGAACUGUCGCUGUGAUGUUGCCUGCAUUGAUUUUGGAAACUGCUGUCUGGAUUACCAGGAGACAUGCAUAGAACCAGCACAUAUAUGGACUUGCAACAAAUUCAGGUGUGGUGAGAAAAGGUUGCUGAACAACCUCUGUGCGUGCUCUGAUGACUGCAAGGCUGCUGGUGACUGUUGCGUCAACUACACCUCUGUUUGUGAAGGGAAGAAAAGUUGGAUAGAAGAAUCAUGUGAGAACAUUAGCGAACCCCAGUGUCCAGAAGGGUUUGAAAUGCCUCCUACCCUCUUAAUUUCUUUGGAUGGAUUCAGGGCAGAAUAUUUACACACUUGGGGUGGACUUCUUCCUGUUAUUAGCAAACUAAAAAACUGUGGGACAUAUACCAAAAACAUGAGACCUGUAUAUCCAACAAAAACAUUUCCUAAUCACUACAGCAUUGUCACAGGGCUUUAUCCAGAAUCCCAUGGCAUAAUUGACAAUAACAUGUAUGAUCCCCAAAUGAAUGCUUAUUUUUCAUUUAAAAGCAAAGAGAAAUUUAAUCCUGAGUGGUACAAAGGAGAACCAAUUUGGCUCACAGCUAGAUAUCAAGGCCUCAAGUCUGGCACAUUUUUUUGGCCAGGAUCAGAUGUGGAAAUUAAGGGGAUUUUCCCAGACAUCUAUAAAAUAUAUAAUGGUUCGGUACCAUUUGAAGAAAGAAUUUUAGCUGUUCUUCAGUGGCUACAGCUUCCUAAAGAAGAAAGACCACACUUUUACACUCUGUAUUUAGAAGAACCAGAUUCUUCAGGUCAUUCAUAUGGACCAGUCAGCAGUGAAGUCAUCAAAGCCUUGCUGAGGGUUGACAACAUGGUCGGCAUGCUGAUGGAAGGUCUGAAAGAGCUGAAUUUGCAUAGAUGUCUGAACCUCAUCCUUAUUUCAGAUCAUGGCAUGGAACAAGGCAGUUGUAAGAAAUAUGUGUAUCUGAAUAAAUAUUUGGGGGAUGUUAAAAAUAUUAAAGUUGUUUAUGGACCUGCAGCUCGAUUGAGACCCACUGAUGUCCCAGAUAAAUACUAUUCAUUUAAUUACGAAGGCAUUGCCAGAAAUCUUUCUUGUCGGGAACCAAACCAGCACUUCAAACCUUACCUGAAACAUUUCUUACCCAAGCGUUUGCACUUUGCCAAAAGUGACAGGAUCGAGCCCUUGACAUUCUAUUUGGACCCUCAGUGGCAGCUUGCACUGAAUCCCUCAGAAAGGAAAUAUUGUGGAAAUGGAUUUCAUGGCUCUGACAAUGUAUUUUCAAAUAUGCAAGCCCUCUUUAUUGGCUAUGGACCUGGAUUCAGACAUGGCCUUGAGGUUGACUCCUUUGAAAAUAUUGAAGUGUACAACUUAAUGUGUGAUUUACUGAAUUUGACACCGGCUCCCAAUAAUGGAACUCAUGGAAGUCUUAACCACCUUCUGAAGAAACCUAUUUACACCCCAAAGUAUCCCAAAGAAGUACAACCCCUGGUAAAGUGCCCCUUCACAAGAACCCCCAGAGGUAACCUUGGCUGCUCAUGUGACCCCUCAAUUUUGCCAAUUGUGGAUUUUCAGACACAUUUUAAUCUGACCGUGGCAGAAGAGAAGAUUAUUAAGCAUGAAACUUUACCCUAUGGAAGACCCAGAGUCCUCCAGAAGAAAAACACCGUCUGUCUUCUCUACCAGCAUCGGUUUGUGAGUGGAUACAGCCAUGACAUCCAAAUGCCCCUUUGGACAUCCUACACUGUCUACAGAAAUGACAGUUUCUCUACAGAAGAAUUUUCCAACUGUCUUUACCAGGAUUUUCGAAUUUCUCUUAAUCCUGUCCAUAAAUGCUCGUAUUAUAAAAAUAACACUAAACUGAGUUAUGGGUUCCUCUUCCCACCACAACUAAAUAAAGAUUCAAGUGAAAUAUAUUCUGAAGUUUUCCUUACUACUAAUAUAGUGCCAAUGUACCAGAGUUUUCAAGUUAUAUGGCACUACUUUCAUGAGGCCCUACUGCAGAGGUAUGCUGAAGAAAGAAACAGUGUCAAUGUCAUCAGUGGUCCUGUGUUUGACUCUGAUUAUGAUGGGCAUUACGAUUCCUCAGAGACUCUAAAAAAAAACAGCAAAGUCAUCCGUAAUCAAGAAAUUCUGAUUCCAACUCACUUCUUCAUUGCGCUAACAAGUUGUAAAAAUAAAUUCCAGACUCCUUUGCAGUGUGAAAACUUGGAUACCUUAGCUUUUAUAUUGCCUCACAGGACUGAUAACAGUGAGAGCUGUGUGCACGGGAAGCACGAAUCCUCAUGGGUUGAAGAGUUGUUAAUGUUACACAGAGCGCGGAUCACAGAUGUUGAACACAUCACUGGACUCAGCUUCUAUCAAGAAAGGAAAGAGCCAAUUUCAGACAUUUUAAAGUUGAAAACACAUUUGCCAACUUUUAGCCAAGAAGACUGAUAUUUUUUUAUUACAAAAGCACACCAUAAAUCUUUUUAAGAGAACCUUAUAUUUUAUACAGUCCUCUAUCUGCACUAUUGCAUUGUUUGGAAACUGUCAACCAGAGUUAAAACUGGGAAUCCUCUGUGAUACGAACAUCUCAGGGAAACUUGUGGACUCAGCACAGCAGUAGGAGAAGGUAUUCCUACUGAGUCUCACACAUAUUUGAAUGUGUAAGAAUUAUAUGCUUUGUUCAAGUUCUGGAGAAUAAAGACAGACCAUUCCUAAAACU